AGAGCUCAUGACUCAGUGCCUGCAGUGUUCAGCUGAACCCGUGCGACCCACGCUGCCUCGGAAACGUGUUUGUGGAACGCCGACCCCCUCCCGUCUUAUCCGGCGCGUCUCGCCAAGCGGGGAAGAAAAGUUAUUUUCGAGACGAGUCGAUUUCUGCUUUUUGAUUUACCAAGCGAGCGAAACGUCGUCGCGUGGUUUUCUCGUGAUGAGUGUUUUAUUGCAAGUAGCCCCGCGGACGUACGAAGAGCACGGCGCACUCUUCCCUUAAAACCCCCUGCGGCAACUGGAAUACGGGGGGCGUCUGUCAGGCCGUCCAACCAGACUUGUGAGGUCCAGGUGCGCAGAGGCAGACACAAAGGGACUCGCUUCACUUUCCCACGAAUUGAAUUGAAGGCGACCGCCUUCUUCGGCGAAGGCGUCAAUGUCAACGUGACGGCCGAGAAGUUUCGAAUCGGAUUGAUGGUGGUCGGUCGAAGGCACAGAAGGCUGCCGAAGUGGCCGACGGCGAGCUGACGUCUUCUUCUGAACUGUCUGGGAAAAUCGGCGAUGAAUGCGGGGGGUUGAUUCGGCGUGAUUCGAGCCGCAGCGGCAGCUGUCUGCCAGUCGCGUUGAUGUACAGCCUUUGCAGGGUCAAGAUGCAGGUUCGGACUGUGCUGGACGUCAAAGUGGUGGACGUGGAGAAAAGGCGCAGUCCGUCGAAACACUACGUGUAUCUCAUAAAUGUCACCUACUCUGAUAAUACCUCCCACAUCAUCUACAGAAGAUACAGCAAGUUCUUUGACCUACAGAUGCAGAUACUUGACAAGUUUCCAAUUGAGGGUGGGCAAAAAGACCCAAAGAAGAGGAUUAUCCCCUUUCUCCCAGGCAAAAUUCUCUUCCGAAGGAGUCAUGUGCGAGAUGUGGCCAUGAAGCGACUGCGUUUCAUUGACGACUACUGCAGGGCACUUAUACGACUCCCGCCUCAAAUCUCACAGAGUGACGAGGUACUACGCUUCUUUGAGACAAAAGCCGAGGACCUAAACCCCCCUGUGGAGGAUUAUGGCUCCAAGCGCAAGUCGGGGAUUGAUAGUUUGGAGCCCAUGGUACUGGAGCAGUAUGUAGCUGUGGCCAACUACGAGAGACAGGAGAACUCUGAGAUCAGCCUCAAGGCUGGUGAGACAGUGGACGUGAUUGAGAAGAGCGAAAGUGGUUGGUGGUUUGUCAGCACAGCAGAGGAGCAGGGCUGGGUUCCCGCCACAUACCUUGACUCCCAAAGUGGAACCAGAGACGAUUUGGAUUUAGGUACCUCCAGGACAGGAGAGGUAACUAAAAGACGCAAGGCCCAUCUGAAGAGGCUGGAUCGACGCUGGACACUCGGGGGUAUUGUCAACCGCCAACAGAGUAGAGAGGAGAAAUAUGUAACAAUACAGCCAUAUACCAGUCAAGGAAAGGAUGAAGUCAGUUUUGAGAAAGGAGUCACAGUGGAGGUUCUUCAAAAGAACCUAGAAGGCUGGUGGUACAUCAGAUAUUUAGAGAAAGAAGGCUGGGCCCCGGCCUCCUACUUAAAAAAGCUAAAAGAAGACUUCUCCUCUCGUAAGAAGACGCUGUCAGGCCCCGUGGAAAUCAUUGGCAACAUCAUGGAGAUCAGCAGUCUUUUACAAAAGAAAUCGGUCAGUGAAAAGGACAUCCAGACAGAUGGCGAGGGUAGCACAACACCGGAGCGCCACAUCUCCAAGAGUGAAAUCAGCUUGCCCAUGCCCUUUAGCUCUGAGAUAAAUGCUGAGACAGGCAGGAGGCUGAGCGCAGGCCGUGAUACAAACAGUCCAUGUCUGGGAAUAGCAGCAGCAAGCUCUGCCCGAAACGAAACCAAAGCGAGAGGCGAACCAGGGUCCCCAGCUGUUGCCAGAGUAGCACCACAUAGAGUUGAAAUUGGGUCUCCCAAUCUGAGACAAAAACCUCCUCCAAGGAGAGAGACCAAUUUGGGGUUGCAGUUGCCUAAGCCACCAGAGCCGCCUGCUGUGGAAGCAGAAUAUUACACCAUUGCAGAUUUCCAGUCCUCCAUUUCGGAUGGUAUCAGCUUCCGCGGAGGACAAAAGGCUGAUGUAAUAGAGAAGAACCCUGGAGGUUGGUGGUAUGUGCAGAUUGGAGAGAUGGAGGGCUGGGCACCAUGCUCCUACAUCGACAAACGCAAGAAGCCAAACCUCAGCCGUCGAACCACCACUCUGACCAGGCCCAAAGUCCCACCCCCAGCCCCACCUGUGAAAAAGCAUGAUUCUGAGGAGGGUCCCCCUCCUACCACAUCCACUCCUAAAGUAACAGAUUCACUAAAAAGAUCUGUGUAUGAGGAACCUGAAUAUGAUGUUCCUGCAAUUGGCUGUGAAGGUGAAUUGGAUACAGAUCCUCUCAAAGAUGAGCAUUCCCUGGAUGUUAAGAUUAACAAUGUAGUCAGCAACAAGUAUUGCAGUUCCCCACCUUCAAGUAAAGCUUCCCCUCCUGUCUGCAAAGAAUCACCAGUUUUCACCCAUCGAAGGGCUUCAUUUAGAUCUGUCAAAGAAGUUACUAAAGAGGAAUGUAUCUAUGAAAAUGAUAGCUUUUGCUCUAAUAGUGGGAUUGAAGGAAAAACAGUUGAAGUGUCCAAUGAACCCAACUCUCCAAGGACCUACCAUUCCUCUACAGUUCCUCGCAAACCCUCUGGAUCUUCACCGUUGCCUGGUCAGCCCACAAAAACAAUGACCCCAGAGAUGAAUAAGAGAAGCCAGACUCUCGGUAGACAUAUAGACAUCCACUUUCGGUCCCAGGAGAACAGUCCCUAUUCCUCAUCAGAUGAUUUGAAUCGAGGCGCCAAGAAAUGCACAGGCGUUAGCGGGGCUGUGGAGCAGAGAAUAGGUCAGAGCCCUUCUACUAGACCAAAGCCCUCUGUCAGACCUAAACCACUCCUGACUAAAUCAGAACCCCAGAGUCCUGAGAGGAUGGACAUCAGCUCCCUGAGACGCCAGCUGAGGCCCACAAGUCACUUGCGACUUGGACCCAAGCCUUCUCGAGGAGAAGACUCGGAAACAGCCUCUGUUAUAUCAUCCGAGGAAUCUGUGUGUUCACGCAGUACAUCAGAUCUUUCAUCUGUUUACUCCAAAAGUAGUUACGGAGACUCUGACGUAGAAGGAUCCUGUCUCUUCCACUCCCUUGAUGCCUACAAGAAAGUCCAAGAGUGUGAGAUCAGCUUUCCAGCAGGGGUGGAGGUUGAGGUUCUGGACAAGCAAGAGAGCGGCUGGUGGUAUGUGCGCUGGGGCUCUGAGGAGGGUUGGGCUCCCUCAUACUUUCUGGAACCUGUCAAGCGUGUGGGUGAUGCUGCAAGAUGGGAAUCAGAUGGACAUGGGAGUGCUGGUAGUAAGUCCAAUAGCCUUGAGAAAAAUGAAAAGCAUGUUAUGGCUCUAAAUAAUAUCAAUAUUCAGAGUCUGACCCAGCAGCAUCAAGGAUUGAGAAGGAGCACUCCACCAAUUCCUUCCAAGCCUCCUGGUGGCUUCUCAAAGCCAUCUGGGAUGGUUAAUGGAAGUGUGCGGAUGAGGAAUGGGGUACGCCAAGUGGCAGUGAGGCCCCAGUCUGUAUUUGUAACAUCAACACAGCCAGCUAAGGAUACACAUUACAUGACAGGAUCUCUGAGACGAAAUGACUCACUUGGCAGGAGUGAUCACUAUGGCUCUGGUUCUGCCACGCUCGGUGUCCGCCGAAACGCCUCCUUCAGCACUGUGCGGCCACACGUGGUCGUCGAAAGUCAGACAAGACCUGUCGAAUGCUCUAACCUGGGUUCAUCGGUGAGCGGAUUCAGCUCAAGCAAUGUCCAGGAUCCCCUUGGCAGAUUUAGCCAGCGCAAUGGUAUCCCCGUGUCCACGGUGCGUCCUAAACCCAUAGAGAAAAGCCAGCUGAUCAAAAAUAACCUUGGCAGGGAUGUGUAUGUGUCCAUCGCUGAUUACCGAGGUGAUGAAGAAACUAUGGGUUUCACUGAGGGCACCUGUCUGGAGGUCUUAGAGAGAAACCCCAACGGUUGGUGGUACUGCCAGGUGCAGGACAGCCUGCUGCCCCGUAAAGGCUGGGUGCCAUCUAACUACCUUGAGCGGAAAAAAUAAAAGCCACACAUAAUCACUUCACUAACACCUUUUCUUUUUGAUCUCCUUGAGGAAUUGGGUGACAUCAUACCUUAAGAAUGUUACCCACAGUCUGCCACAAGCAAUACAAUACAGCCUUGAAUAUAGCCUGUUAUUGAGGAAUGACUGCAAUCUGAGACAGAAGGACACAUGAAGUUCUGGUAUACUGAUAUAUUUACAAAGAGGAGUGUUUUACCUGGGAGAGAAAGUGAAAACGAAGGAUUGGCCAUAUUUGACGAGGACCACCUUCUUCAAACAUGGUAUGAAAGGCGGUUUUCUAUAUUUCCAUCACAGGCUGUGAUGGGUGAUAAGUGCCUUUUUGUAUUUCAUCUGAAUGGAAGUACGAAUUGGUGGAGAGAAAACUGUUAACGCCAACCAAAUCUUUCAAAUGUGCCAUAAAUCUGUGAACACCACCAUUUAGUGGCUCCAACAUAAAGGUGAAACAAUUGUUUGAAUCGAGAGUGCUAAAUGGUUAAGGCUCAUAAUGAAGACAGACACGUUAGAUUGGCGGAGAAUGUUUGUCGCUUCAAGUUCCAUUGAUCAAGCAAAGAAAAAUCUCUUUGUUGUUGUUGGUGUUGUUUUGUUUAUGUUUAAUGUCUUGGGUUGAUGACUUCCUUAGAUAAUUAUUUCUGCUUUCUUGUGACAUCUCUUAUCUACCAACAGCGUAUAAAAGUAAAAAAAGCUCAUUCAACAUUCUUCAAUUUUUGACAAUUGGAAAACACAUAAUAGUAUAAUUAGUCACAAAGUGUGAAGUCAAUAAUAUGUUUUUGUUCCAAAUGUUUUGGUCCAGGUAAAAUAAAUAUAUUUAUUUUAAAAUCUAAUAUAUAAAAUUACGAAUGAAUCAAUGAGUAAUAAAUGGACUGUAAAGACUCAAACCCGAUUAUUACUUUGCAGAAUAGAGCCAACUUUGUUUGGGGUAGUGCAUAUCCUAAAGAAAAAAUUUUUUUUCAUAAAUACUACAGUUACGUUUGUUUUACGAUGUCGCUCCCAUUAUAGUACUGUUGUGCGAAUGCAUUAAAAAAGGACUGGAAAUGGCAUUGAAAUAAUUGAAUGGUGGGCGACUGGUUAGCACAUCUGCCUACAGUUCUGAGGACUGGGGUUCAAAUCACGGCCCCGCCAGUGUUACAUGUCCCCCCCCCGUGCCUGCAUGGGUUUCCUCCCACAUCCCCAAAACAUGCAUGGUGGGUUAAUUGAAAUCUCUAAAUUGCCCGUAGGUGUGAGUGUGAAUGGUUGUUUUGUUUGUAUGUGCCCUGCGAUUGGCUGGCAACCAGUUCAGGGUGAACCCCGCCUCCAGCCCGAAGAUAGCUGGGAUAGGCUCCGGCACGCCCGCGACCCAAGUGAGGAGAAGCGGUACAGAAAAUGGAAUAGUGAUAUAUGCAUAUAAGGUAUGCCCUUUCAUUACAUUUCACCCAAAAUGUGAUAGCACCACGUUUUAGGUAUUAAUGGUACAAGUAAUCAUGUUUUUUUCCACAAAAUACAUGAAAUUUCCUGAACUGAAAAACAUGAAAACCUGGAACAACUUAAUAAUAAAAGUAGAAUGUGUAGUAGUCUGCGAUGGAGGGCAAAUACUGAAAUACCACUCAGUCGUAAACGGUGCUUAAACCCAUCUAGAGCCGUGCUUACCUUUAUUGUCACCGUUUCAUUUUUUGCAUAAACUGUAUAAUAUGCUCAGAAAUAAAUGGAAAUGUACCAAACAUAUGGGAUUCCAAAGUAAUGUAAAACAAAUUAAAUAUUUACCAACUUAGAUAUUGCAAUUUAAAAGAAAAAAAAACAGCAUUUGCAGCAAUAUUGGCACCCCUCCCUGAAUAUUAGGUUGCAUUCUUAGAUGCUAUUUUCUCCCGCUCUUCUUUUGCAAUUUGUUUAAGCUCUUGAACAGUUCCAGGGUUCUUUUCCCUAAUGGCAGAUUUCAGCUGCACCCAAAGAUUUCCAAUUGGAUUGAGAUCAGGACUCAUUGCUGGCCAUUUUAAAACUGUCAAUGUUUUCCUUUUCAACCAUUCCUCUGUGCUUUCGGAUGUGCGCUUUGGGUCUUGUCAUGCUGGAAGACCCACGAUCUUUGCCUCAAACCGCGUUUGAAACCAACUUGUUGUUUUACAAUUUUGAACAGGAAUGAGGAAUUUCAAACUUAGUUCACUUUUUCACAGCCAAAUUGUAGCUGGGGAAGUCAGAAAUGAAUCAAGUAUUGAGCUCCAAUUUUUUUUCCCCCUGUUCAGUCAUGUAAUACCAAAUUCAUAUCAUAAUCAGAAAUUGUAAUUUGCGUUACUAUUCUGCCUGAAAAAUAAGGGAUAACGCGAACAAUUAAAAGCAUUAACUCAUUGAAAUAUAAUUUCGGAUAAAGAGCUUCUACAUACUGGUUUUAACUACUACAGAAACACACAAAAAAAAAUUGAGCAACUGCACCAUGUCUAAUAUGUGUAUAAUAUUACAACAUAAUGUGUUAAGCACUCUACAUGAAUCCUAGCAUGUGGUACCAUUAGAAAUUAUAUUAAGUUUUUUUUUUUAAAAAACAAUAGCAAAUAAGAUUUUAUACAUUUUACACAGUUUUUACAACUCAAACGGCUGAUGUUCAAGACUGCUGAAAUACAUGUUCUAAUGAAAAGUUCAAACUUUAUUAUUUGUUUUCUGCUGGACAGUAAUAUAUAUUAUAUAUAUAUAUAAUAUAUAUAUAUAUAUAUAUAUAUAUAUAUAUAUUAUAUAUAUAUAUAUAUAUAUUAUAUAUUAAGUACCCUAUCUGCUAGAUCGCAGUAAUCUGUUUUGGCAAGACCAUGUAUGUUUUAUUUUAAUUUAAAUGUGAUUGCUCAAUUACAGUAAUGAGGAAUGAAGUGGUUCUGUUGAUUGGUGCACUUUAAAACAUGUUUUUAUUGGGCAUUAAUUUAAGAUGCAGUGAACACUCAGCAUACUAGUUAGGAUUUGUAAUAUUGUUUUUUUUUUCAUCUCGAAUUAAAUCCUGAGCUCAAGCUUCCCCGUGUGACGAUAAAUGCACAGUCCACAUGCAGUUGGGUUAAAAUUGUAGACCAGAGACCCCCUGUGGCAAUGAAAAGCCACUACAAUAGGAUUUUAUUAUUAUUUAUUCUAUCUACACACUUACCAGCCAGUCUACCUCAGUUCAAUGAGAAAUGCACUGCUGGUCAGUGAGUAACAACAACAACAAAAACUGGACACAAUUGAAUAUUUGUAUUAAUCUUUUUUUUUUUUUGUAAACUGGGGUGCAGCUAAAAUGGAUUCAUAGCAUUUGCUAUUUGGCUUAUUUAGUCUUUUAAAAGUAGAUUUUCUUUUUUAUGCUGUGUGCUGCGACUUAAAACAAAAGCAUGGACACUUCCUUCAUCCUUGCUGUACUUUACAUAAUGCCUGAUUGAGCUAUAUUUAUUUUAAACAGUUUCAUAUCUUAUCAGUUUGACAAUCGGCUUCAUUACGCGCACGAAAAUAAGGAAUCGCGCAUAUAAUUGGGGGAAAAUACAAAAGUCUUUGAAAAUGACGCGCUGCAAUCAAAGUGAUUGUAAAACAAUGACGAGAUUGUGGCAUGGAAACAUUGCCAUUAAUGGAUGGGAAAAAAAGUAACUCGUGGUCCAACGAUUCAAAACAGAUUCUCUCUUUUUUAGCUAAAACAAGACGAAGGUAUUAUGUAAAUGUGCGUCACUCUUAAAGUUUUUGCCCUGCAAGUAUUAUUAUACAUUAUAUAUCAUGUUUUGUCUGCUUAAUCAAGCUGGAUUUAUUUGGGGGAUUGCAAGGGAACUGUUUUAUGGCAGUGUUUUUAUUUUUUUUAUUUUUUAUUUAUCUCCCCCUCCCCCAAGUAACUGCCCAAGAGAAAAUGUGCAAUAGCAAUGUGUGGUGCAUCAAUAAGAGGAAAUGAUUGCAGGUCUUGAAAAUAAUAAUAAAUAGUAACAAUAUGAAGGUCAUUACAUUGUUGUGUGUGGGUAUCCCCCUGCCAAACAACCAUUGAUGGACUUUACCACCGGUUUCAAGAAUGACACACCUGUAUUUGUCUCAAAGAGCAAACGUGACGAACCAUCACGUUCUCAUUGGACCGAAGCGAGCGUAUGUGACACCUUGUAUUCCCGUACGUUUGGUGGACUUUGCUCGUCCUGGAACUAUCAAUGGACAGAAAGACGAGACGGAAACGCAUUGGCUGCUUUUGCUGCAGACUUGGUUGCCAUCUUGGUCUUCUUCGCAGAGGGAGAGUCGUGGCACCAGGGGCCGCCGCUGAGCUGUCACUUUUGUGCCUGAACGGAAUGUCGAUAUUUGUGUAGUCCCCCCCCCCCCCCCCUUCUUCCAGCUCCUCGCCUUCAUGGAUGUGUCCAUUGACAUUUGCUCUUUUUAACAGUUUUGUUCCUAACCAAUCAUAUUAACUUUGGAUACUACGAAGGGACGCCCGCAAAGAAAUGCACCUUAAGAUCAGUAGUUUAAAUUUUAGGGUGAAUGCAAAGGGGGCUACUGGAGUUGAAUUCCACCUUUAAGACCAACCUAGGUCCUAACCUGGUGAAUAUACAGGAGAACUAAACCCCCCCCCCCAAAAAAAAGAUGUAUGUGCCACUUCUAGUCUAAACACGGUAUUCCGAUUCAUAUUUUGUUUGUGGAAUAAGAAAGAGAUGAAUUCAUCAGUUUUCAUCGAUCUGUUGGAGCAAACACGUUGGGCAAUAUCGGCUUCUGCUGUCGACCAAAAUGAACAUCACAAAUUGCUCUCGUGCUUGACUUCCCCUGCCAACAACACGUGACCAAAUCUGAAAAACAGGUUAGCGGACUCCCCGUGUAUGCUGCGAUAACUAUCACAAACGUUAAGGGUUUGACUACAGUUACCCCCUGCUGGCAAGUUUCCCCUCUUUGUGUCUCAUCCUCCUCCCUUGACACCGCCUGGUGCAGAAUGAUCAAGAUAUUUGGGGGAGUGUACAUUUUGUCUGAUAAGAUGGAUUAGCUGAAGGUGUGACUUGAAGACUGAAGUCGAGAGCAGGACUUAGGUAGAAACGAGGCGGUGUAGAUAAUAAGAUUUUAGUAGUUGAUUUUGAAAAACACAGGACAAUUGGACGACCGAUUCGUGCAUGUGAAUAGCUUGUAUUGUCGCGUGUAUACAGUAGCCCUAAGGGUGUGGGAAUGUUGAGACAACGUUGAACGCAAAAGUCACAUUUUUAGAUGUCAUCCAAAGAGACUGAAAUGGAUUUAAGUCUGUUGAAUGGAGUGUCGGUAAUUGUUGAUGGUACAGUACGUUAGUCGGAGGAAAAGUGUCAUAAGAAGCUACGUGUGCAGCAGUGUAGACUAGGAAAUAUAUAGGAGGGGGUGUUUUGUAAGUUUUUAACAAAUGCACAUUUUUUGUUUGUCGGAAAAAGGUGCAAGUAAAGCUUUAGGGUAAAUUAUCAAGCAUGGCGCCUUUGAAAAGAGAUUCCCCCGGCUCGCGUGAUUCAUGUCAAUGUGAGAACAUCCAGUCCCAGUCUUCACUGGUUUGCUGUGCCAGCGGCCAGCAGCAAGAACGGUCUGCGUGUUUCAUCAAAGGAUAGUGUGGUGAUCUUCUGCCUCUGGUACCAUGAAGAGCUCAGCAAUAUUUGGGUGGAAGUAGUGAGCUGUCAAAUGUGUCCGAUAUUGAGUGACAGUCGGAAAGUGGAUACUAUUGCAUUUUUAUCUUAACGGAUGGCACAGAGCUUUGGUUAUUCAUUCUGAUAACAUGAUCAAGCAUCAGUGUUAACACAAAAAGUACCUGGACUUCUGAAUUCUCAUUUUAUUCCAUUUUUAAACAUAAUCACCCAACGAUUUGGAAACGCCUCCAACUUUGGCUGAAGGCUCGAUGUAUUUGUAAAUGUCAACGAAUCAUCCAGUGGCGAGUCAUCUGGCGACAAAGCAACAAACGCUCCGUUUUAUAUCUUCUAACCCUUCGAUGAGGAAAAUAAAACCGAAGCAAAUAGUGGCCCCUUAUGAUUGGUAACAUUCUGCACUGGUGCAUUCCUUUUGGAAAUGCCAUUUUCUUAUCUCCCGUUUCAGACAAGUCCUUUGCCUUUUUUUGUAUCUUGUAAAUGUUUACAUUGUAUCUCGCAUUGCCCAAAAGAAAAACAAUAUUAAAUGUGCUAUCUUGGUUGUUUUGUU